AUGGCCCCCGGGAGACCAGUCCUGAUCAUAGGGGCUGGCGUUGUCGGCUUAACGCUGGCCCACGGCCUCGCUAACGCUGGUGUACCCUUCGAGAUCUUCGAGAGGGACCCUUCUCCCGUCUCUCGAUCACAAGGAUGGGCAAUCACGUUCCAUUGGUGCCUGCCUUUCCUCAAGACACUUCUCACGCCGGAAACGCUCGCUCUCGUGGGCGACGCCCAAGUCGACCCUGAAGUAGCGAAGAAUGACACGGGGAAUUUCUUGUUUCUUAACCUGAAGACACUGGAAACCAAGUUCAAGAUCCCACCAAACGAGCGACGCCGUGUUGAACGACAGAAGUUCCGCCACGCUCUCCUCGACGACCCGCGCAUCGGUGGCAAGGUACAGUGGGGCAAGCGCCUGGCUAACGUGCAACUUCUGGACGAUGGCGACGUCAAGGCCGUGUUCCAGGACGGCUCACACAUUGACGGACACGUCCUCGUCGGCGCAGAAGGGUCGAACUCAACCACGAGGAAGAUUCUAGCCCCUGGUACGCACGAACUGCAUCCUGUCGACGUCAAGCUCAUUGGCGCCAGCGUGGACAUGACGCCCGAGCAAGCCCAGCCCCUGAGAAAUAUCGAUCCUUUGCUGUUUCAGGGCUGCCACCCGGACACAAACAGCUUCCUCUGGGUCUCCACUCUCGCGACGCCCGAGGUAAGCGACAAUGGGAUGUACAAGAUGCAAGUCAUCCUUUCGUGGCCAGCGCCUUUCGGGUCACAGCUGCCUGACAAUCUGCCUGCCGAGAUGAAAGAGCGCGCGCGGGUUUUUCAUCCGACACUCAGAAACGCCCUCGGCCUGGUCAUCACAGCUCAAGAAAUCCCUAUCCAGGAUUGGCCUUGUCUACCUUGGUCAUCCAACGACGGAGCCACGACGCUGAUCGGGGAUGCCGCGCAUGCCAUGACCAUGUACCGCGGCGAGGCUGCCAAUCACGGCAUCCUCGAUGCGUAUCACCUUACCAAAGGCUUGGUGGAAGUUUAUAAUGACAGGAAAACCAGGGAUGCGGCCAUUGAGGCAUUCUUCACCGCUGGUGAGCAUAAUCUGGUCCAGUUGAACUUGGCCUCCGAGUUGGCGUCUUGA